AAAAGUCUUGGAACAUGAUACUACUUCACUCCCUUUAUUUAAAUAGAUGGAGUUGAGACUGUAUGAUCAUCAGACAAAAAUGGCCUCUUCACCAUCGACUCCAGUGAUGAAAGAAGACGGAGAGUGUAGAAACUGGUCGGAGCUUCCGUAUGAAUUAAUGGCAUCGAUACUGAGCAGGCUCGACACCUUUGACAUAUUGGAAAACGCUCAGAAAGUGUGUACAUCAUGGCAUCGCGUCUGCAAAGACCCUGCCAUGUGGCGGAAGAUUGACUUUCGUUACUUUGGAGAUAAGAAGUACAACCUAGAGAUCAUGUGCCGUCACGCAGUCGAUCUUAGCCAGGGAGGCUUGCUUGAGAUUGACAUUUCGUGUUUCGGUACUGAUUCUCUCCUCAACUACAUCGCCGAUAGGUCAAGUAACCUGAGAAGUCUUGAACUUGCAUUAAUCUCGGUAACAACUGAGGGACUUGCAGAAGCCAUUGGGAAGCUUCCAUCGCUUGAAGAACUCAAGAUCACAGAAUUCGCUAUGUGGGGAGGUUAUCUGAAAGUUGUAGGCCAGUCUUGUCCUAAACUGAAGACAUUGAAUUUAAACUGCAUUAGAAUUGGAUUCGAUCCUCCUUUUUACGUGAGUGACGAUGAUGCCCUAGCUAUAGCUGAAACAAUGCAUGGACUUCGCUUCCUCCAACUUUUUUCAAAUGGUUUAACAGAUGCUGGUUUAAAAGCCAUUCUUGAUAAUUGUCCUGAUCUUGAACAUCUUGAUCUAAAUCAUUGUUUCAAUGUUAACUUUUCCGGAGAUCUGGAGAAGCGCUGUUCUGAGAGGAUCAAAGUUUUGGUACGACCUGGUAGUCCGAGAAUUUUUGAUUUUUCUAUAUUUGAGGACUCCGUCACGCUAGAUAGUGAUCAUGACCUGUAAUUUAGCAGGUGAUAGUGACUAUUGUGACAACGAUCUGUAUGAGAUUUAAGA